AUGGACGCCAGUAUCCAGCGCGCCCUCAACGACAAGCUUUACGAUAAGCGCAAAAUCGGGGCGCUCGAGCUUGAGAGGGUGAUUCGGGAAUUGGUGGCCAGCAAAGAUUAUCAGAAAGUCCACGACAUACUCGAGCAGCUCUGCAACGACUACGCAUAUGCAGUUCACCAACCGCAUGCUCGAAAUGGAGGCUUGAUUGGUCUCGCCGCGGCUGCCAUCGCUCUAGGCCCAGAGCUUCCUCGCUACCUCGCCAAAAUUGUGCCACCUGUAUUGGCCUGCUUCACCGAUCAAGAUGCCAGAGUGAGGUAUUACGCCUGCGAGGCCAUGUACAACAUUGCCAAAGUUGCCAAAGGGGAAAUCUUGAUAUAUUUUAACAACAUAUUCGAUCAACUUUGCAAACUUGGAGCCGACUCUGAACUCUCUGUCAAGAAUGGAGCAGAACUGCUGGACCGACUCGUCAAAGAUAUUGUCUCAGAAUCCGCCGCCUCGUACAUUUCCGUACUGGAAGCACCGCCAGACAUUGAUGACGACAAGGACGAGCUGGGAAACCAGCAUGCACAUCUUCCGACCGCGUUUUCCUUACCAAGAUUCAUACCUCUUCUCAACGAACGCAUUUGGGUCUCGAACCCAUUUACCCGCCAAUUCCUAGUUGGAUGGAUCACGCUGCUGGACUCGAUCCCCGAUCUGGAGCUGGUCACGUAUCUUCCUCGCUUUCUCUCAGGUCUUUUGAAGUUUCUCUGUGAUCAGAAUAACGAUGUACGAACAGCCACCCAUUCCUGUCUCGACAAAUUUCUGAGCGAAAUCAGGCGCAUUUCACGGGUCAAGAAGGGCAUUCUUGAGAGCAAGAAGCCUCGUGAAGGGGGCAAGAGGAAGCGCCAGGAGUCAAUCGAUAGCGGAAGCUACCGACCAGAGCCCGAGGACGGCGAUGAGUUAGAGACCGAUUUGAGUGAUGAAGGCGCAAACGAAAGCUGUGAGGAUGACUGGAUUCCUGGACAAGACGUCGAGGUCAACUUCAAAGAGAUUCUAGAGAUUCUCACCGAAGCCCUAGAGUCGCCACUUGAAGAAGUAUUGCUAUUCACGCCAAAUAUCCUGGCACAUAUGCUGCCUGCAAUGGCUAGCACCAAAGAAAGAGUCCAAUUAUUAGCUACCAGAGUGAAUAACGCGCUGAUGGAUUACGUGGCCUCGCUGACGGACGAGUCUAUUCCGCCGCAUUCUGCCCUUCCCGCGCCGGGAUUCUCCAACUCAAAGCAGAAUUUGCCGCCUGAGAAGCACGAAGCAGCCGGCAGUAACCGAGUCUCGUUGUCAAGCUUCCGUGACGCCGACCAAAAUCCCACGCCGCUGCAGAGCCGAACCGCGUCGGCGCAACUCGGAGGCAUCCCGCAAGCCCAGCCUGAUUUGGACUAUGCUGCAGCUGUAAACUCGUUGACUCUGCUCUUUUUAAACGACCAUGAAGCCACCCGUGUGGCUGCCUUGACGUGGCUCAUCAUGCUGCACAGAAAAGCCCCCAGGAAGGUCCUGGCCUUCAACGAUGGCACGUUCCCGGCUCUGCUCAAGACUUUGUCUGAUCCUUCGGACGCUGUCGUGACAAAGGACUUGCAGUUGCUGUCGCAGAUCUCUCGAAACAGCGAGGACGACUACUUUGCGUAUUUCAUGGUCAACUUGCUGCAGCUCUUUUCCACGGACCGGAAGCUGUUGGAAGUGCGUGGGAACCUGAUUAUCCGGCAGCUCUGCAUCAGCCUCAGCCCCGAACGGAUUUACCGCACCCUCGCGGAUUGUAUCGAAAAGGAAGAAGAUGUUGAAUUUGCGAGCAUCAUGGUUCAGAAUCUUAACAAUAAUCUCAUCACCGCUCCACAGCUCGCUGAAGUACGCAAGAGACUGCGUAACUUGGAGACAAAGGAUGGCCAAACUCUGUUUGUCGCCUUGUUCCGUUCCUGGUGCUACAACGCCGUCGCUACAUUUUCACUUUGCCUGCUUGCACAGGCCUAUGAACAGGCAUACAAUUUGCUGCAGAUUUUCGGUGAAUUGGAUAUGACUGUCAAUAUCCUUAUCCAAGUUGAUAAGUUGGUGCAGCUCAUCGAAUCUCCUGUUUUUACUUACCUCCGCCUACAACUACUCGAACCUGAGAAGUUCCCGUACCUAUACAAGUGCAUGUAUGGCAUUCUCAUGCUGUUGCCGCAAUCCUCGGCCUUUGCUGCGUUGAAGAAUCGACUCAACAGCGUCAGCGCCAUCGGGUAUUUGCAUGCAACACCUCGCACCGCUGCAACUUCGUCUAGCAGCUCCGGCUAUGACAGGCCGAACCGUCUGAAGGGGCGCGAGGAAGGCGGCAUCCGAUGGGUGGAAUUGUUAGAGAAGUUUCGCAGCGUCCAGGAGAGAGCUCGCCGCGCACAGCGACAAAAUAUGGACAACGACGAGGUGCCUAGCAUCGGGAUUGGUGAGCUCAGGAUAGGUGACGGCUCGUUUGACGUUAGAGGAAAGGAUGGUAGGGCCGCUGCUGGAAAUCCGGCGCCUCCCAAGGAUGCUAAUGCGCCAGCGUCCAAGAAAUCUGGCCUAGGGAGGCAGUUCGGGCGGCUUGGAGGCGCAGUCUCGGGCCGAAGCAAGCGCAAUACUUGA